GCAGUUCGUCAAAAUCGUUCAAGAAUUACGCAUUGUCGACGUAAGCCAUUAUGAAACGAGAGCGAUCGAAUAGUCGUAGUGAUUCGUAGAUAAAAUCAUGCUCUACCAUCGAUUACCUUACGUCGAUAAUAUCGACGACGCUCGAGGAGAAGUUUGGCGAAUUUGCCGCGAAAUGCCCACAGCGCCACCGUCCUUUUCCACGUUGAUCUUUCCGUUGACCAUUACUACUUUUUUUUGUCCUUUUUUCCCUUACUCACAAUCAGUCUGGACCGAAAGCGAUUCCGCUUGGGAUGCUGCAGAGACGCGGCGCCUCUGUUGCUAGUAAUUGACAGCUGCCGAAAAGAGGCGACACGAUUGGACGCGUUCGAAGAUGAGCAAUCCUUGCGCGGCGGUACGAUCGAGAGAUAAAAAGAAAUUUUUUCAAAAUCCAGAGAAUAUCGAGACGAAGCAUCCUUCGGUCGAGUCGUUGUCCCAUUAACAAAAUUUUCCAUUUCUCGUGUCUGCCGUCUAUCUUUUCGUUUCGCUUUUCUUUUACAGUUUCGUCGAGGACUUGUAAAAUUAACGUGCAUUAGAUAUCGUCUAAGUAAAUCUUGUGCCAAUGGGAACACGUGUGCGUCAGGAUUUGAAAAAGAGAGGUUAAAGAGUGUGACACGAGUUUGCGAGAAGAAUCAAACGAUUACUGUGUCACUAACGGCCAACUCAUCGUAACGUGUCAUUGAAACUAUGCUAGUGUUAAAUCAGAAGAGAUCGAAGGAAGGAGCUUCGACGAUUUGGCUCGUCGAUGUGGAUUUUAUUCGUGAAUGUGUCCUUUAGAUUCAACACGGAAUUCGACAUGUCUCCGCUUUCAUUUCAUUCGUUCCAUCUCAUCGAUAUUGCUCUGGUCCUUCGACACGAGUAAGGACCCGGAUGCAGGAUGAAUUUGGAACAUCCGACGAUAGAUGGUUGCUCUCAGCAACCUUUAUUUUUGAGCGGUACUUCUGCUUCAGCUGGGAUCUCCGCUCCUCAACAACAAAACGUUCAGGCCAAUGCAACACCUCCUGAACAUUAUGGUGGACCUUUGAGUUUGAGUAUUUGUAUAUCUGAUUCUGGCCACGAGAUACUUAGACCAAAACCAAGACGUCCUGGUGGUGGUAGCGGACGUGAAGUAUACUGUCCCCCAUAUACAAAGGACUUUACAGAAAAUCAGUCGAAAAGUGGCGUCCACAAUAUGGUUCACAUGGUUGCGGAGAGGGAUACGGAUAGCGUUGCGCCUACUCCGACCCCUCAACAUCCUCAUCCCUCGCAGCAUCACCAUCUCAGCUUGCACGAGCUCCGAGUACUUCAGAGGCGACCAGAAUGCGCUGGUAAUAGCUCCUCCGACGAGAAUCGAUCGUCCGGGCACGCAAGCAUGUCGGAUACCGGUGGUCAUACAAGCAGCAGUUCUCCGCCUCAUCGUCAUCACAGGUCGCACAGUCCUCAGCAACUGAACUCUGUACCAGAAGAUGAUCGACUAUCGGCUUCGGUUACCCAAAGAAAUGGUAGAAGCAGAUCAGGACAGAAUCGUAACAGACAUCGAGCUACUCCUGCUAAGCUGCAGGUACCAUGGUCGGGUUCUGGUCUGGAGGACAUAAAAUUAGCGAUUCAGCAACUAACCAUGCGUUCCCACAAGUCUUCCUCGACAUAUUCGUCGUUGAGUGGUUCGGAGAGUUCAGAGCCGGCGGUUAGAAGACUGAUGAGACAUAGUAGUUUAGAAACGAUCAACACUAACGUCACCAGUGCUGACGAAUUCGUUUGGGUCGACUCUCAUAAUAGACUGGUCGAGUUGCAGCAACUACCAUGGACUCAUCAUGAUGUAUUACGAGUAUUACAGAAUGGUCGUACGAGAGAACACAUGGAACAAGUUUCAAUGGAGACCAUUCCUAGACUUUCUUACUUACUUCAACGAGCCUUAGUCAGGAUCAGCCGUGAAACUCAACGAUUGGCUAAGCCUAUUGGUCUUUGUAGCAAGCAUGAAGUCUACAGCGCUUUUAAGAUCGUUCUUUGUCCAGCCUUAGCGGAUUCUUGUACAAAGGCUUGUCUACGAGCAGCCGCUAUGUUUGCUGUGUCCGGCGAUCAGUUGAAGCAAUCGAAGGCAUCUCGGUCUGGACUGCAAUUACCCGUUGGUCGAUUUCUCCGUUGGAUGUCGGACGUUAGACUUGGAAGAAUGGUGCACGAGUAUGCUGCAGUGUACCUAACGGCAGGCAUCGAAAAUCUCUUGGAAGAGAUUUUGUUGCAAUGUAUGCCGACAGAACCACACACGACUCUAACCGCUACGAUGUUAGAACACGUAAUAGCAAACAGUGGUGACUUGUGGGGUCUGCUUCAACCUUAUGCUCAUCUUAAUGCUGGCCGUAUUGCAUCUGGUGCCCUCGCAAUGCCACGUUGGGCAAGCGUGAGCUCGCUGAAUUCUUCAUCCUCCUCUCGAAGUGGUAAAGAAGCGAUAGGAUCCACGCUCGAGCCUUCCUUUCUAACGACUUGUGUUGGUUCAAUGUCCGAACUGAUCGAGCUUAUAUCGAAGGUAGCUCAGUCUGGAAGAUGUCCAGUACCUUUAACAGCAAAAGCUUUGAAUGCUUUGUUCUAUUACAUGAGGUGUUCCCAACUCGAACAUGGCGAGAGAGGUUCAGGAAUACAAGAGUUAGCUUACGAAAGAGCCUACGUCGUUCUUCCACCUUUGAUCGAGUGGUUACGUAUAGCAGCAGCUCAUGCCGAGCAUCGACAUGCUCUUGCCGUCGAUCAGGAUGACAUUAAUCAAGCCGCAAGAUUGCUUUUACCUGGCGUCGACUGUCCGGUUAGACCGAUAUGUUCCGAGGAAAUCACAGUUUGCUCGAAACGUAUCGACGACUCCGAGUACGUUCGUCUGUUGACCACGGACAUGGCUUUCAAGAUGUUGACCAGUGGUCGAGAGGAGCUCAUAGCACAGGCGAUGCCAUUGUUACCAUCGACGAAAAUCAACACCGUCAACGAUAGCGGUUUUACCGCGUUGAUGUUGGCCUGUAUCAAUGGCGACGAGCAAGCUGUAGCAGCUUUGUUGGAUGCUGGAGCAGAUCUGAACAUCGAGAGUCCACCUCCGAGUACUAGUCAGUCGUCUGGCACCCCGUCGAAAGUAUCCAGUUCGACGAGUACAGCUGUCGUUAGAAGUCCUGUUAAUCAAUCGGUGAUAACAACGCCAAGCAAAAAUGGUUCGGUUCCGUCACCAGGUGGUACUCCUUGCGGUAACUCGAGUAACGUCUAUUACGUUCAAACUGGAUUCAAUGCUGAAACGCAACACUGGACUGCCCUGACCUAUACAGCUUUGCUAGGCCACUGUAAUAUCGCUAGAAUGUUGCUGGAGAGAGGAGCAGCUGUAGAAGGUGGUGCAAAAGUCAGCGAGGACAAGUGUACUGUUACUCCGUUACAAGCUGCUACUGCAUCAGGCAACAACGAGAUGGUUGCUUUGCUCUUAGCUCAUAGCGCACAACCAUUCUUGUCUACCUUGAUAAAAGACUCGUUUUCUUACACUGGUUCGGCUCAACGAGGUUGCUACAGUGCAGUAUCGGUGGCAACGGCGCACGGUCAAAGAAGUUGUCUUCAUCAGUUACUAUCUCAUCCAUUGAACUUCUCAGCGAAACGCGGAGAAAAAGAGAUCUUGUCUCUGGAGGAAAUACUCGCGGAAGGUAAUGCUAGUACCAAUCCUCAGCAACAAACCGUAGAUGGUAAAAAUGGUCACAGAGAGGGCAAAGAACCGGUGUUUAACAAAUUACAAACGAAGGCACUUCAGGAAGCAAUGUAUCAUAGCGCUGAAAGCAAUCAUUUAGACAUUACUAUGGAACUUCGUGGGCUCAAAGUAGGAUGGACGUUACACUGUUGGAUGCACAGUCUUGCCACUGCUCAUGAAAUGAGAAUAGAUUCGGUCAUAGAUCAAUUGCUUCAAGAUUUUCUACAAGUUUGUCCCGAUGAUUACUCAACGCAAUUCGUUCAGGAAUGCUUACCACUUUUGUUCAACAUAUUUCGUUACAGCAAGAAGGAAGGUACAACGCUUCUACUCGCUGAUAUCUUUUGCACGUGUUUUGGUUGGGAGCCAAUCAAACCAAUCAGAGAUACUACACUUUCAAGUGGCUCAAGAAUCGAUCCAAAAUUUGUUAACAAUCCUGAGCUAAGCGACGUACAAUUUAGAGUCGAAGGUAGAGUCUUUUAUGGACAUAAAAUCGUUCUGGUAACUUCAUCUCCAAGAUUUAGGAAUAUGUUAAGUUCAAAAUUAUGCGAGGGUAAUCCUCCUAUCGUACAAAUCAAUGACAUUAGAUAUCACAUCUUCCAAAUGGUCAUGGAAUUUCUUUAUCACGGGGGAUGCGCAACUUUGGAAGUUAAUCAGAGCGAUGUUUUAGAAUUAAUGGCAGCUGCCAAUUUUUUUCAACUUGAUGGUUUACUAAGAUAUUGCGAGGCUCAAUGUUCAGCAAUGGUCGAUUUAGAUAAUAUUGUUUCUAUGUACAUUCAUGCCAAGGUUUAUAAUGCAGCACAACUCUUAGAAUAUUGUCAAGGAUUUUUAUUGCAAAAUAUGGUUGCACUGUUAACUUAUGAUGACUCUGUUAAACGUUUAUUGUUUGCUAAAAAAUUACCAAAUCAUGAUGUUCUAGCAGGCCUUUUACUUACUCUGCAAGCAAGGAUAAAGGCCAGAAGAUCUCAGCAACAAAAUAAAAUUAAAACGUAGAGCGUUUUUAAUUCGCCAAGCAAAAAGGCACAGGAAAGUAACGUAAGUACCAAUUAAAGAAAAUUAGAUUCGUUCAAAUAACUCUUAUAAACAUACUGUAAUUACGAUAUCAGCAAAUGCUGUUUUAUAUAUAUAUAUAUAUAUAUAUAUAUAUAUAUAUAUAUAAUUUUAAAUGUUAAUUACUUGAAAUGUAUAUUAUGUGUAUAUAUCACGUAAAAAAUAGAACAAUGCUCUCUACAAUUGACAAACAAACAUAACAAAGCUAAACUGCAUUUAUCAAUUAAGCAAUUAAAUUUUACACCUUAAAAGUUGAAGUUAACAUUGAUUAUAUUUCUAGUUUAUUUUUUUAACAAUAAUAUCUGUUAACAAUCCAACACGAAAGUUCCUGUAUUUGCGUCGCUAUUUACUGAACGACUUAUAAUACAUUUUUCAUUAAUAUAUUUAUUUUCUAAAAAGAGAAAAUACUAAACACUGAUUACAAAUAUUAUUUAAUAGAAUGUUAUACAAUGAUAAGAUUUCGAGAUGAAUAACAUGAAUUAAAUACUUGUAUAAAUGAUAUAAAUAUUAAGAUUCUUAUCUUAUAUUUGUUAAAGUAAAUACUUCCUGAAAAAGAAAAAUUUAAUUAAAUUGACAUAAAGCGAAGAAACAACAAAUGUUAUCAUUGUUAAAGUGCUAUUUAUUUAGAAUGUCAAUGAAUAUCUGUAUGUACAAUAUGUAGAUUAUAAUCCUAAUGAUAAUGUAAUUGCUGGAUUUUUGGAUUGUGGAAUGCCUAUAAUAUAAUUAUAUAUGAAUCAAGUUGAUUUUCAAAAAGGGACUAUCUCAAUCAAUCAUAAAUGAUUCUAUAGCCUUAUAUAUGAUAAAUACAUAACAUUCAAUAAAUCCAAAAUCUUCUUGUAUUUUCUUUCUCUUUUUCUCUCAAUGUAUAACUCGGAAUUGAUUAAAAAAAAAAAGAAAAAAGAAAAAAG